AUGCGCAUAGAAGACAUGAUAACAACUGGCACAUUGCGAUCCUAUGGCGAUCAGAGUCCUGUCAAGAAAAUGUUACAUGCUCCAACAAUGAAACUCUAUGUUGUAAAAGAAGAACCAUUGCACAACAAGGAAAUUCGUAAAAACUUAAAAGACUGGAUCUCCUUUUGGUAGAACAAAUUCGCCAAUUCAAAUUUACAUGUCCAAGUAUAUGCUACCUUUUGGAAUACACCCGAAGGUUACGUGUCUAUCGUCAUGGAAUACAUGAAUGGUGGUUCAUUAUAAAAUCUCCUUGAGAGUAUGGGUUUCCUCCCAGAGAGAAGUAUCAAAUAGCUAGUACCACCUAUCCUCUAAGGAUUACAAAAAAUUCAUCAACAAGGAGCCCAAUGUCAUGGUGCUCUUGGCCCAUCACAAAUACUCUUCCUUAGAGAUGGCACUGUUAAAUUGGGUCAAGGUUUGUAAUACAGAGUUUAAGUCCAAGGAAAUUAAUUGUUUAAUUCCUACAUUCUUGGUAAACCGAAAGAUGUUCAAAGUCUGUAUGAUCCAACGAUUCUAGAAACCCCAUCUUUAUGGAGCAAGGCCUCAAGUGAAAAGGUUCAUUUCCCUGCUCAAGAAGAUUUCAUUUUGGAGAGAGCCAAUGACAUUUGGAAACUAGGUUGGCUGGUUUUAAACUGCGCUAUUGGAACUCUUGAGUUCCAUCCAAAAGCCUAGUAGAUCUAUGAGGGCUCAAGAAUCAUCAUUGAGGAAAUUGCAAAAUACACCGAUCAUCUCAAAGAUACAUGUUGUCUCCUCCAUAGUGAAGCCAAAGUCAUUUCAUUAGUUGAAUAGAAUCAAAAGACAGUAUCUGAACCUACCAAAAUAACUAUGCUAGAAUUACUCCCAUCUGAUAAAUUUAGUCCUGAAUUUAUUCAAUUUUUAUGUUCAACACUUAAAAUAGAUCCAAGAUAAAGGGUAUACACUGAAUAAUUGUUGCAACAUCCAUGGCUAGUAAGUGGUCGAGAUCCUAAAGGACCCAAUGUACAACUAAAGGAACUGCUUAAUAUAUCAAAUGCUUGGAAUGCAUUUCUGCCAGAAGAAUUUUAGGGAUAAGGAGCUCAAAAAUUAGAAAGACUUUGUGAUGCUCUAUAUUUGGUGUUGUAAAAUUCAGAAAGACCAACAGUCAAUAAGAUGUAACUACAGGAAAACAGUCCAAUUAUAAAAGAACUAUCUUAUGAUAUGGGUUUAAAUGCCAAAGCCGUAAGUGAUCGAAUUAUGUCAAUUUUCCAAUCCUUAAUCUGA